AUGAUAUCAAAUACGCUGAGAAUCGACAACUCCUCCCACUGUACCACGCCGUCAGACAGAAAUGGACCACAACUGGUGCCAGUAAAAGUUGGGUGUCUUCACAUAAAUCUGGCGACAGAGCGAGGUCGCAAGAUCUUCCUUCUCCAAAUGCUCGUACUGUGCUUCGUUCCACAUGCUGCCCUCGUCUUCCAAAACUGUACUGUUAUGGCGCAACUAUCGCAUACAAUGGACGCAUCGCUCUUUUUAGAUCGUAAGGUAGCAGCGAUAAUGUCGCAUUGUGAAGCAGUUCUGGCGAUACAAGACGAACGCGUCGCGGUCACACAGUACUUGGUACAGGGUACAAAUGUGCAGAGGUCAAAGCAGAAUUCAAAACGUACAGACGGUUUGAGCAGAGCCUCAAUCUACGAUCAAAUCAACUCAGUUCUCCUCUUGUACAUAAUGAGGGGCGUCAAGACUACUUCUUCGAACCUCUGGAGACAGUUGACAGCAUCGUACGAAAUAUUAAAAGCAAUGGAGGAGAUUUCACUCGCCUUCCUUUACCCUUUAGUGUUAGAAGAAUUGGAAUCUAAGAACUUCUUCCUCCAGUUGCACUUGAAGCUGACUCUGGACUACUUGGAGUCGACGAAGCAGUACCUGGAAUUGGAAGGUUUGGAUUGGAGACCAGUUGAAGAUAUCUUAUUGAGUUACAAGUCGAGGGAGGGCUUAAAAUUUAAUGAAGAGGAUUCGGACCGCUUUUUCAUGGAAGAGACGGUGAGCCAUUUGGCUAAGCUGAAGAUCGUGCAGGGCGAACUUUGGAAUUAUGUAAGGAAAUCCGUGACUAGCGAAGUAUGGUCCGCCCGUCGAACACUAUGCUUUGGUAUAACAAUAUUGAUAAUUGUACUGCUAGUAUCACCGUUGCUCAUUUUCCUCUUGCGGUACACUAUCAAUACAAUACAGAAAUUUACGGAGUCAAUAGAGAUAAGCACACAGAAGCUGGUAGCAGAGAAGCAGAAGAGUGACUUGCUUCUAUCAAGAAUGCUGCCUCUACCUGUGUUGAGGAGGCUAAGAGCUCAAAGGGCCGUUCCCGCUGAAGCCUUUGACGCGGUCACCAUAUACUUCAGCGAUAUAGUGGGCUUUACUAACAUAUCGGCGAAUAGUACGCCCAUGGAAGUCAUAAAUAUGCUCAAUAUGCUUUAUAAAAUGUUCGAUGAUAAAAUAAUGCAAUACAACGUAUACAAAGUAGAAACAAUUGGUGAUGCGUACAUGGUUGUGUCGGGACUUCCCCAGAGAAAUGGAAACAAGCACGCGUCAGAAAUAGCUGAUAUGUCAUUAUCGCUGAUGAGGAGUUUGGAAGGAGCCAGGGUGCCUCACAGGCCUGAAGAGUUCCUUCGCAUCCGAGCUGGGGUGAACACGGGAUCUUGUGUGGCUGGGGUCGUGGGGACCACCAUGCCUAGAUACUGCUUGUUCGGUGACGCUAUUAACACAGCUAGCAGAAUGGAGAGUACUGGCGAAGCAAUGAAAAUUCAUAUAUCACCGACCACCAAAGAAGCAUUAGAUGCCAUAGGGAACUACGUAGUGCAGUCAAGAGGCCUAGUUGAUAUUCAGGGUAAAGGUGUUAUGGAGACUUACUGGCUUCUGGGUAAGAAGGAUGAGAAAAUUGAGAGCCCAAGAUGUGUACGCCUUCAGGACUACGACCAGAAUGUUCUAGAAUUACUUAUUCGUUCUUAA